AGACAACAGUGUAAGAACAGAAGCUGCGAUUGGUUGAAUGAGACUUGCUCUUUCUGCGUGUCUCUCAGCGUGGACAUCAGUGAGUGAAGAUGGCGAACUGGUGUGUGCGCGCGAUCAGACAGAGCUCUUCUAUCAUAGCGUCUCCUUCGCUUGUAAGGGCGACCCCACGUCUCCUCUGCACAGCAGCCCAACAGAAAAGCCCAGGAACUGGAACCGAAGAAGAGAAUGGGGCUCAGAAACCAGAACCUGGUGCAGCUGAGAAAGCCUUCACAGAAGAGAAGAUGCAACUGGAAGAACAGCUGAAAGAUGUUACGGAUAAAUACAAGCGGGCACUAGCAGACACUGAGAACCUUAGGCAAAGAAGUCAAAAGAUGAUCGAUGAUGCUAAACUAUAUGGAAUCCAGGGCUUCUGUAAAGAUCUCUUGGAGGUGGCUGACAUCUUGGAGAAGGCAACAGAAAGUGUACCAAAAACAGAAGUAUCUGCUGCAAAUCCUCACCUGAAAAAUCUAUACGAUGGCCUUGUAAUGACUGAGGUGCAGAUCCAAAAGGUCUUCAAAAAACACGGCCUUCUUAAGCUUAACCCUGAUGGUCAGAAAUUUGAUCCUUAUGAGCAUGAGGCUGUCUUUCAUGCACCUGUGGAGGGUAAGGAGCCGGGUACCAUAGCCGUAGUUACCAAAGUAGGUUACAAGCUGCAUGGUCGCACCCUCCGGCCAGCUCUGGUGGGUGUAGUCAAGGCCCCCUAACUACUCGUACACACUAUCAUGGGUCAUUACCUGGUCUUAGGUUCCACUGUUUGUUUUUUUGUUAAAGGUGCCUCUGGGAGGCAAAAUCCAAUAUGUUGACAACUGAAGGACAAUGCCAGACUAGUCUUUGAGUUAUGUAUUAAUAAUAGUCAAUAUUAAAACAAUAGUUCUUGGGUAUAUUAUAAGAGCUGAGUGCAUAUUAUGCAGUAGAAGAUUCACAGAAUCUUUGAUUGGAUGCUGCAUUAUUCCUUUGAGAAUCGCCACCAUUCCAGGGACAAAAAGUGAUUAUUCUUGCUCAGAAAGCCCUUUCAAGAAACAUUGCAGUACAUUAUACCAUUGAACAUCUUUUCUUAUUAUACGUAUUUGCUCUUAUAUUAAUUACUGUACUGAAGAACGUUACCAAUUUGGCACCACCAUGUAUGACGAUGUGUUGACAGCAGUUGUUAGAUUCCACUUGUGCUAUGCAGGUUUUUCAAUUUGUAAGAGAGAAUAAUUAAUCUUCUUUACAGAACUUGGAGUAACAUUUUAUUCAAAAAUAAAAAAGAAAUGUAUAAUUUUAUAAUUAUUUAAUUACCAGCAGUUGUACUUCCUAACUUUCACUAUUUUCAUAGUGUGCAGACCUGAUGAAAUAUCACACCUCAGUCAACAGAAACUGUAAUUGAUUUUUUGGAGAUGUUUUUGGGAGAAGAAGGGGCGAGCACACUGAGAGAUCUGUGUCCUAUGAAGUCAUUAGAAAUGGUGGUUGUUAUAUGGAUAGAAUGAUGGAGAGAUGCGAACAUCAGAUUUAAAGGUUUACAUCUGGAUUCAGCGUUUCCAUCCAAGUGAAAAAGCAGACAAUUGUCAAAUAAAGCAUGUUCCAUUUUCAAAA